AUGGCAGAUCCACUGUACGAGCUACUGGUGCCCUACUUCGACACAUCUGCCUCUCCACGCCCGGUCCCCAGCGUAUCAGACCAGGUCACUGCAAAGUACCUGAACCGUCUUUCCACGCUACCCUUAGCCUCUCUGACAUCCACGGAACCUCAAUCGCUGGCACAAUCAUCACAUACGACUCUCUUAUCACUGCAGUCGCUCUCAGCCAGAUCGAAUCCCGCUAUAGUAGCAUCAUCAGACCAUCUUUCGAGUCUACGUACAAGCUUACCACAGCUAGCGGCAGAAGCAGAGAGUCUGCGAAAUGAGAUACCAAGACUUGACGAGCAAGCGGUGGCUUUCUCGGAAAAAUACAGCCGGAGUGCUGAGAAUGAGGUGCUGGACCGACGGAAGAAAGCCUUGUUGAUGGCCAGGAAUGUGGACCGGCUGUCAGAUAUACUGGAUCUGCCUACGCUACUUGCCUCUGCUAUAUCAACCUCUACGGCUCAGGGUGCUUCAAAUGCGGCCAACUAUGCCUCAGCAUUGGACCUACAUUCGCACAUCAAGCGACUGCACCUGCUUUACCAGGACUCGGAGCUCGUGAGCUCAAUCUACCAGCAGACAGAAGAGGCUAUGCAAGAGAUGACUUCGAAUUUGAUCGCAAGUCUACGCUCCCAGAACAUCAAGUUAGCAGCGGGUAUGCGAACAGUCGGAUGGCUUCGAAGAGUAGCACCAGAUUUGGACGGUAGUGGCGGUAACCGGGAUGGUACGUUGGGUGCUCUAUUCCUAGUCUGCCGUCUCGCAACUCUCGUCUCUAUGCUCUCGGCACUUGACCCCCUCCGAGACCUUGCAGAACAAGAGACUGCGAUACGCCUUCGAGAGAGCAACUCCACUACCAAGAAGACUACCAGCGACGCCUGGUCCGGCGGCCAACAAACGGAGCGCUACCUAAAGCGCUACAUUGAGAUCUUCCGCGAACAAUCUUUCGCCAUCAUUUCAAUGUACAAAAGCAUCUUCCCCUCCGGUCCAGACUCUACCUCUGUCUCGGAAGACCUGGGCCUAAAGUUCAAAACCUUUGGCUUGAGAAGUGUGUCUGCACCUCAGCCUACCCCUCCAAGUCAGCAGCAGCAAGAUCCUCUGUCGCCCCUACCAUCUGCUCUUUCAACAUACCCAUUGCAUCUGGUUGGCUUGCUCACGGAAACACUAAAACAUUAUUUGCCCAACGUGAGGGAUAAAUCAUCCCGCGAGAGCUUGUUGACACAGGUGCUGUACUGUGCUGGAAGUCUGGGGAGGUUGGGUGGGGAUUUUAGCUUGCUGUUAGCCGAUCUUGGACAGGAUGAUGAGGAUGCAAAUGAGGACGAGGAAGAUGGAGAGUGGGUGGAGGUGAUGACGAAGCAUCGGGUUCUGGCUGGGAAACUGGAAAAUCUAGCCAGUGGUGGGGGGAGUGUCCGCGGUGGGAAGGCUUUUGGGUUGGGAGAUGGGAUGAAGUCGCCGAAGUUGAAUGCUUAG